CGGACAGACGCUAUCGCCAUCCAUGCCCUUGAGUCAGUCAACUCCACACCAUCACUCUCCAACAAGCCUACCUCCCCCGCAUUCGAAUCCACCACACGCUUGGAUCUCUUGUUCUUCGGCCCCCGUCUCCUUCGGCGGUUGCCGAUGGCCCAACUGCAUUUUUGUCUCUUUGUCUGACUUUAGAUGCCGUGGUUUGUCGCAAGGAUUAUGACCUAGACUCACCGGACGAUACUCUAGUUCCAGCAUACCUUGUGAAAGAGGUCUGCGAGCAUUCGACUCUACCCAUCAGCACAACAUGGCCCUCAUCCGCCGAAGCAGAACCGGCUGUUUCACCUGCCGCAGCCGUAAAAAGAAAUGCAAUGAGGCGAGGCCCAUCUGCAGCGGCUGUCGGCGCAAUGAUCUUGAAUGUCGCUGGCCUGCACCACUGUCUUCUGCGAAGCGUCCCAAGGAGGGCCACAUUAAACCGACUACCGCCGCCUUCCAGCCUGGGCCUUCCAAGACGCUUACCGCCUCUGCGUCUGGAGCUGUCAUUCUUCGCCCACGGCCGGCGAGCUUUAGCCACUUCGUGCCCUCCCCUAAAGAGAACGGGAUAGCAGCAGUAGCAACAGGAGAGGCAGCUCCAGCUACCCCUUAUACACAGCGUGGUUAUUCAUUCUCGGCUCUGCGCCCGACAGAUCACUUCUUUGAUAUUGCCGAUCCUAUGCCGAUAUUGGAUACCAUAAUAGUCGAAGCAAAUGGCGCCGAAAGCUACUCGCGCUUUUCGACCGCCACGGAUACCCAAGAGGUUGCCCCAUCAUCCCCAGCGCCCUCGAAAUAUUAUUCAGAGCUGUCUCCAUCCUCGACGUCCCAGGGUUCGUCAUCCUCGCCAUCCUCGUCAUCCUCACCACCACCAACCGUCGUCAUUCCACCCAACGGUGUCGUCGGAAGCGGAGUCAGCGCCAUCACAAAUCUCGACGACAGUCCUUUUGAUCCCAGCCCCGAUCAUACACACUCGCUACAGGACUUGCAACUCUGUUUGACUAAACCCUUGUCUUUAUUUCCGAAUCAUGGCGAACAUUCCCCAGACCUCCUCGGCUUCUAUCUCGACCGUACUGCUAACUGCAUGGGUAACGGCUCGACCGACUCCAACCCCUUCAUCACCAAACUCAUCCCUCUCGCCUUUUCACACUCACUGCUUCUGCAGCUGAUAAUGGCCCAGAGCGCCGUCCACAGACAAAUGUCCAAGGACCGACACCCUAGUGACGAGGUGGCUAUAAGGUCCUACAGUGACUCGCUUCGCUAUUUCAGAACCGUAGUUGACGGAUAUGUCUCCGGGAGGGAGGAAAAUGCACUUGUCCUUACUGUCGGCAGCCUCAUUCUUUCGCUCACAGAGGUGGCCAGAGGAGACAGUCAUGGAAGCACGUUCGACCAUAUUAGCGCCGCAAAAUCUCUACUUCCUAGGCUUCUUACUUCGCCUAGACGGGAUCUGAGCGACGAUCUUAGGGGAUUCCUCGUUGAAUACUAUACGCAUAUGUCGUCACUGAGUAUGAUCUCCAUGGGCGCCCACCACACCGCACAGCCCCUUCCCGACCCCGACAUGGAGCGCCUGGCUACUGGUCUUAUUGAAAAACACUACAUCGGCCAGCUCUGCGGUUGCUGGUUGGAGUUGCUUGUGUUGAUCCCCAAGAUAUUUAUCCUUGGGCAGAAGAAGAUGGCAUCCAAGUCGGAUGGCCAGCCUUACUGUCUUUCACCAGAUGACAUCACCAACUAUGGCUUUCUCCAGUCACAGAUACUCGCCUUUUCCCCGCAUCCAUCUGCAAACCUAGAUACGACACUUGCAGGCUUAGUAUUUAAACAGGCCGUCCUCUUGUAUCUAUGGACCAUCUUAGCCAGCCCUCACCAUAAAAGUGACAACAACGCCAUGCUGUAUAACCUUAUUCAGAGCGCUGUCGCGGAAGCCUUGUGUCUCCUUGGUCAAAUCCGAGAUUCAAGCCGUAUCAAUACCAGUCUCUGCUGGCCGCUCGUAGUCAUUGGUUGCUGCCUUUCGGACCCGGAUGCACAACAGGUUUUACGAUGUCGCCUACAAAUAAUGCUCGACACUAUUGCUCUUGGCAAUAUGCGAGAAACACUUUCAGUACUAGAGCAUGUUUGGGCACAGCCACUAGAGGACAGGAACCCUUGGGCACUUUGCAAAACGAUGCAGGAGCAUCAGAUUUUGAUAUCAUUCGCGUAACAUACUAGAACAGCUACCCUCCCAAACCACUGGCAAAGAAACAAAACGCCAUGUGCUAGCUUAACUCUGAAGACCUUCUAGUCAAACCCUAAGCACUACCUAAGUUCUUGGGCCCCUGCGUUGCUGGUCCUUCCGGGGUUACGUAUGCCUUUGUCAAGCCUCCGUCUACCACAAAGUCGGUAGCAUUGACGAAGCUGCUCUCGUCGCUGGCUAGGAAGACUACGGCAUAGGCCUGCUCAAUCGCCUCGCCAAAUCGACCACUCGGGAAAUGAACUUCCCGUCGAAGCCUCUUGGCUUGAUCGUCUCCAAGCCAAUCCUGCAACAGAGGUGUGCUGCCGUAAUGUCAGCUCGAUGCGUCAGAUGAAAGAGGUAAAAGGCAGCGGUGCUUACUUGAGGGGUGCAGGACAGAGCGAGUUGAAGCGAUACCCUGCGAACGAGUUAUCAGAUUAGAAAGGACAGGAGAGGAGCGAGCGGAUUGUGAUACUUACCCUCCCUAGCAUGCACAAUGGCCAGCUCGCGUGUCAAGGCUAAAACAGCUCCCUUGCUAGCUGUAUACGCAAGUUGAGGUGUCGCCGCUCCCACGAGAGCCACCAUGCUAGCCGUGUUGAUAAUGCUGCCCUUUUUCUUGCCGUGUUUCCGCAGCGAGCGGACAGCAUGUUUGGACCCGUACCAGACACCCUUGACGUUGAUGUUCUGGGUCAAGUCCCAUAUAGCAUCGGAGCACUCGUCGGCAUCUCCAUCCUUGGGGUGCAUGAUGCCGGCAUUGUUGAAUAUGACGUCCAGUCCGCCCCAGGAGUCAAGGUGCGCUACGGCAGCUUCGACUUCACUCUCCUUGGACACGUCGACCACUCGGGCUUCAAGCUUACCGGAGCGGUCGGGGACGAUCUCCUUGACUUUCAGCAGGGCCCUUUCCAGUGCCGGUUGGGCGACGUCGGUUAAGAGGACGGAAGCUCCCUCUUUGCUCAUCUGGAUGGCUGUCUCGAGUCCAAUGCCACUGGAACAAGACCGUUAGAAGACCAUGCGACUAGUUAAUUUUUUUGUUGACGUGGACUGUUGAAAUGGGACAUACCCGGCGGCGCCGGUUACAAUGGCGUUUUUCCCAGCAAGCCUACCAGCCGUGGUUGCGAUAUCUCUGUCAAGUGUAACUGUCAUGUUUGAUAAGGUACAGGAUCACUAGAAAGUGAGGGAGAAUGAUAGAGAAGAAAUAUGCAGAGUAGUAGUAGGACUGAUGCAGUUAUUGCAAGGGAACAAGUCCAUCCACGUCCUGGCUUUAUAUGUAGUGAGCGCGGCAUCAGGGCGCGCUUUUGACAAAACAACGUCCCAUUCCUCCACGCUGUCUUGCCC